AUGGAUUCACCGUUUCCUGGCGAAGGACAACAGCCCAGCUACACGAGUAAUCUCCCCGGUCACGGGCAACACUCACCUUGCGCGCCAGAGCUCACCGGUAUGGAGUCAUACUAUUCCCUUUCUUCGGGUCCUCAAGAUGAACCAUCUCAUCUUUCAUCAACUGGUGCUCUCCCUCUGGGCUCGACCCUGUCACAACACCAAGAGAACCAACAGCGGUCACAUCCGGGUCAUGAUGCAAACCCGUACGCCUCCCUGACUUCAGGUUUUCACUAUCCGCCUCGAAGCCAUUACCAGGCUUGGCCUUCACCUCCACCAGGACCUGACGAUUAUGACAACUGUUCAUACCAGAGCUCUCCAAGCAGCGGCAGUGCCCCAAUGAGCUGCUACAACCCUUCACCUAUCUCACCAAGAACGUGGUCUUCCCCAGAGUUUCCUCUGCCUCAGCCGGAGACCCUUCAAAGCCAGCAGAACUCAUUCAAGAACCUCCGAGUCUGCACUCCCACAUCAACUGACGGAUAUCCAGUCAGAGGCCCUCGGGUCCUGACGCCUCUCACGAGCGGCUACAUGGGCCCGGGUUUCGAGAAUGAGCAUGACGGUCUGCCACGAAUCUACUCUCCAGCAACAAUCGCCAGCCCCUCAACUGGAGCGUUGUCCUGCACUAGUUCCCCACACGAGCAACUUCUCGGAACUCCUGUGCAUAUGAAGGCUCGACCAGAAUCUCCAGCAGGCCAAGCAGGGUAUCGUGCCAGCCCAGAGGUGAACGGCGAAGCGGAACCUCAAGGUGCUGCAGCGAACGCCAAGACCGAUGAACCGUACGCUAAGCUUCUUUGGCGGGCUCUAAUGAGCACUCCAGACCAUGCCAUGACUCUUCAAGAGAUCUACCAGUGGUUCCGUGAGAACACUGAUAAGGACAUCAAGAAGGACCAUUCAGAAAGGCGGCCAGGCAAGAACGCCGAAGGAUGGCAGAACAGCAUCCGUCAUAACCUAAGCAUGAACGAGGCUUUCAUCAAACGAGAACACAAGGAGCAACGAGAACAGAAGCUCAAACAGCACGAGCAGUCGUCAGAGCCGUCGUCAAACGGAGGAGCAGCAGACUUGUACACUGCCAAGCCCGGUGAACCUAAAAAGCCAACAGAAUGGAUGCUUGAGGAUUGGGCUGUCAAGAAUGGGGUUGAGAGUACGACGAAAUAUCGCAAGAACAAGGAGCAGCCACGGCGAACUGUGACAACUAGACUCCAUCAUCACCCGUACGAUCACCGACUCCAAUACGGCAGUCCCACAGCCAAAAUGUCCAUGUCGUCUAGUCGAAAGGGAACUCUUGCCCUCGACCCGUCGAUGAACAAGUUUAGUCUACGCGGACGUCCUGGUCCUAAUCAUUACCCCCAUGAGAUGAACGGGAACAUGCCACCAACGUCCCACCACAUGAUGGCUCAUCCUCAAGCUCAUCACAUCCGACAAGCAACGAUGCCGGCGGGAAUGUAUCAAUCACAGUCGCAUCAACAGGGCUACGAAGACGUAAUGAUGCCACGGAUCGAGAGGAUGCCACAAACGGUGUCAAACGUCAAACAGGAGUACUCUCCAAUGACACCCGACUCGAAUGCGUUUGGUUUCAUGCUGCCAGAGCCGAGCCUAAUACACGCGCAUGCAGCCAAUUCCAGCCCUAGCGCGACCAACCACACCCAUGGCACUACCGCGUAUGCGAUCCCUCCUGGUGGCGCCCAUCCUCACACUCAGUGCCUUGGCUCAUCUCCGUGCGAAUAUCCGUACAGUAUGGCAGACGUCACAGGCGUCUAUCAAGGCAGCGGUCCAGGACACAAUACUCCUAGCGUCGGAGUCAACGAACGCCUCAUGGGUAUUGGCCCUACCUACAACUGGAACUGCCAGGGACUCUGA